AUGCAUUACCUAGAAUGGAAAGCGACCUCUAUUUGUCUUCACUUGGGGGAAUCCUGAAAGUUUUGGCCUUGCAGACGCUACGCUGACAUGGUGUGGACUGACAUGCCACCGACGCACAAAAGGUUAUACCGACAGUAAAGUAAUAUUUUACAUCUAUUGUGACAUCAAUGGCAGGCGAGCCGCUGCACACGCUUGCUUCAGCUCGCACGUUCAACCGCCAUUGCCCAAUUGUUCCUGCGGAUGCCUCUACUUUAGAGCUAGCCAGCGCCCUCCUGCGCCGCCUCGCCAACCCCUCCCAGGCCGCUCCCGCAGCCCUCGCCGUACUGCUCCGGGAAAGCGCCCUCCAGGGCCCCGGCUGGACCCGCCAGGCCCUACCCCGCCUGCUGGCGUGGCUAACUCAGCCGUGUAUCGUGCACCAGGCCCCUUGCCCGCCCUCACCGCCUUCAGCAGCGGCAACGGUGCAGCCACCACCACCACCACCACCGCGGUCGCUACAAAGUGCCGAGGAGUGUGCCGGUGAUGCAGCUUUGUUGAGCAACGCGGCUCGUGCUGGCGGAGGUGGUGAGGUCGGUGUUGGUGGUGCUGGCGGUCUGAUACUGCAGCCGCGGCUGCUGGGCAUGCCGACAGCGCUACAGCCGCAGAUCCGCAACCUACUGAAGGCGAUACGGCGCAGCCCUAGACUGUACGACAAUUUGGACGAGCAGGGCCGGAUUGCACUGAAGAGGGCAAUUGCGGCGCUACCGGUGCCGGCGCCGUCGCAGUCCGCGCAUGCAGCUUCUGCGGGGGGGCACAGAGGGGCAGGCGGCGGCAACUGGGGUGGCGAAGGCGGAAACGCAAGCAGCAAUAGCCUCCUAGGCUGGCGUCGUGGCUGGGUGGCAGCCGCGCUGCACUCCUCAAGGAUGCAGUACACACGGUACGGCAGCCGCAACAGCAGCAGCGGUGUGUACGGCAACAAGACGUGUACGGCAGGCGAUACGUCGCAUCGAGGACCCGCAGAAGGACCCGCGCCGGCAGCAGCAGUCAUAGCAGGGUGGGUAGAAGGAGGCGAGACGGUGGCAGUACAUGGAGCCAGCAGCGGUGGCAGCAGUGCCGGCGAGUCUCUGGACGACUCUUCAAUGUUUCCCGAGGAUUCCAGUAGCGAUGGUGGCGGUGGUUGGUGGUUAAUCACCCAGGAUGCCACCGCUGCUCCCGGCACCCCCUCCCAAGCUGACGACGGUGGCUUUGACGACGGUGAUUCAGAGCUGGCGGCUUCAGAUGCACAUACUCCACUUGGUCCACGUCAGAGAGGUGAUGGCGGAGACCCUGCACAGCCUCCGGAUGCUCCGGCGGCGGCGGCUCCCCAUGCGGCUGCUCCCGCAAGCGGCGCCGGGACCGGCAGUGGGGUUGACGGCGGUCCCGGUGACGAAGGACGACGGAGACGGAGGCGGGUGUCUGCGGACAUGGACGAGGAGGACGAGCGGACCCCGGGGUCUCCGGAGGACGCCGCCGCAGCAGCAUCGAGUCCUGUGCUGCAUGCAGCCAAGCCAGCAGCCGGCGAGGGGCGGAAGCGGCCCCGGUCGCCCCCGCCGCCGGCAGCUGCGCCGCCCUCGCGGUCGCCUCCGCUGGGGGUUGGGGGCGGCGCUGCGGGCAGCCGCGGAGGUGCCCGGGCAGCGGCCGGGAGGGGAGCAGAGGACGGCGGAGGCGAUGGGGCAGGCGGCGUUGUGGGUGGGUUAAAGACACUGGAGGCCGCAUGGACGGAGCUGCGAGGGUUGCUGCAGGAUCUCACCAACACCGGUGCCGACGGCGAGGACAGCGACGCACCGCCGCCGCCGCCGCCUUCAGCUAUGCCGUCAUCAUCUUCGGAUCCCUGGCGGCGACUGGAGGCCCUUCUGGAGCACUGCGCAGCGUACGACACAAGUUGCAACGGAGCCGCCCCCGCCGCCGCCGUCACACCGCCCCUGUUGGCGGCACCGCUGCCGCCGGACACCGUACUACACGUUGUACGGCAGGUGCUGACGCCGCGGCUCGGCGGUGCCGCCGCGCGGUUGGCGUUACGAGUGGUGGCGCUCCCGGCGGUGGCGGCGGUGGAGCGAGUGUUGCCCAAGGCGCUGCUGGAGGCGUUAAAGGUUGCUGCCGCCUCACACCCUCGCCCGCUUGCUGAGGUGGUGCUGGCACCAGUGGCUGCCCGGCCUGGGCUGACAGCGGGGCAGGCGCAGCUGCUGCUCAAGGCAGCUACAGUCCCAGGGCCAGUAGGAGGAGGAGGAGGAGGCAGAGGAGGAGGGGCCAGGCAUGGGCCGCUGCCGCCUCUGUUACAGGCCCUGGUGCUGCGCAGCGCUGCUGAGGCGGGCAGCGAGUGGGGCGAGCCGCAUGUGGCACUUGUACUCGGACUUGUGGAGGCGGCGACGGCGGCGGCGGGGACAGGACAACGGGCGGCAGCAGGACACCAGGCACAUGCGCACGGCGAGCCAUCCGUUGGCGGCGCUGCGGGUCUGCUGGACCCCGCAACCCUGCUGGCGGUGUGUCGGGGCGUGUGUGCUGCAGCGCGCAACCCGGGCCUGAGCCGCUGCGUGGGGCUGUGCCGGCUGAUGCUGCUGCUGGUGAACAAACAUGCGGGCAGCCUGGGGGGAGGCGCAGGGGACGGCGGCAUGGGCCUUGCGGUGUUGCAGGAGAUGCGGGAGGCUGCGGCUGCCACGUCAAACUUCAUGACGAAGCCAUGCUUGAAUAAGAUACAGGAGCUGCUGUUACACCAGCAGUAGCAGGUGUAGUAGUGGCAGGAAACGGGAAGCAGCGGCGGCACAGAGUAACGGAUAGGCGGGUACAUGCGAGAGGGAGACUGAUGAGGCCCGUGGUGAGAUCAUGGAGGAGCUGAUACGCAGUAUGCAUGACGGUGGAGCAUGACAGGGUGUUAAGAUGCAAUCGUUGCUACCCGUUGUAAAUGUGUAACUCUGGUGCGCGGGAGGCUGCUUGGAGAGCUGAGUGGUAGCGUUGACGGAUUGCAGGGCGGGAACCAAGGCUUGGGGACAUCCGGGUUUUAAGACGCGGCGUGCAGUUUGCCAGCCGUGCACGUCGCAGUAUUAUGAAGUAGGCAAACGUGCCAACCAUUAAGUGAGGAACCGGGCAUUUAUCCAGAUAGAUGCAUAUUAUAUAUUACAAGUCUUCGACGAUCCUGUACGGCUGUCGCCAACAUAAGGAUGUGCCUCAUCAAGAGAUGUACGACGAGGAGCCCAUGCAAUAUCCUGCAAUA